AUGCGCCCUACCCCUAAGCCCUCAUUUCUCCUCUCGGAAGUUGAUACCCCGACUCAGCAGCUUCUCGUCCAAAUGGCCGAUACUCAAGGGUCGCCAUCUUUCGAUGGGGAAGCGGCUGCAUUUCCCCCCUUCCCUCCCCAAGAGACGGACCUUGGUAAGUCUUCUGCGCUUCCGACCGUCCCGUCGCGAAGCUUCGACUUAGCUAUCACCGCCCAAGAACCUCAAUACGAUCAACUGUCGCAUGUAUUGACAAGCCACUCCCCAGAUCAAAAGCCUUCCCAUAUCAUUGAACCUGAGGAAAAUGAAUCGCCGCCAGCCAAGAAGCGUCGUACAGAUGGGGGCUCCGACGGCGAAGUCCAAUUGCCCGAUCCCAUCUUGAUGGCCGAUCAGCAUGGUCCUGGUCAUAAGAUUGAAGAAGAACUGGCUUCAGCACUCGGCGAAGGCGUCAUUGACACCGUGGAACCCGAUGACAGCUCCGUCACUCAACCUCUGCAACAUGAAUCGCUUGACACCCCUGCCGAAGUUGCACCAACCCAGCAUGGUGAUUCUGAGAUCAAUCCUGACGUGGCUACUAUCAUCUCGGAAAUCAUGGACCAUACCGAGCGCCAGGAACAGAGUGUUGCAUUGGGUCCGCAAGAGGUUCCACCGGUCACUGAGUUCCCCGGAGCCAGAGGUUUUGCGUUCCUGAAGGCCAACUCCCACUUGAAGAUCCAGAGUCUGCCGAUCUUGGACAAUCUGUCUACCCAAAUCUUGACCUUCCUCUCCAAAAAUACGUACCAAGACCUCACCGCCAUGGUCGCCGAACCAGAAUCCGAGAACGGCCAGGCAUAUGCCACCAUGCGCUCGUUGUUUGAUCACACGAAGAGGGUGUAUACCGUGAAGCACUCGUUCCUGCAGCCAACAGAUCUCGAAAUCACCGAUCCUUCCCAAAUCGACGUCAUUCGCAAAGCUAACCUAGCUUCCUUCGUCUCAAGUAUCUUCGGAUCUCAGGAGAUUGGGUUUGCGGAUCUCAACGACCAUUUCCUGGACGUCUUUGUUCCUGAGGGUGGUCGUUUGCUGAAGGUUCAAGGUGCUCUGUACCUCGAACUCAAGACCCAGGCCUUCAUCGCUGCCAUGCACAACAAAUCUCUCACUCGCACUCAAUUGCUCUACAACCUUUUCCCUGAUGACAUGGAACAGCGGCUGCUUGCGAGACGCCCCGGCACCAGGCAGCUGGCUCCGUCGGAGACAGACUUCGUAAACCGCCUCACGUCGCGCCGCGACAUCCUUCUUAAUGAAAUUAAUAACGAGGAAGCGUUGAAUGCUUUGCCGGACAAGUACCAUUGGGAGGAUUUCCUGCGCGAUCUUAGCUCUUACAUCUCAAAGCACUUUGAUGCCAUCAAUACCCAGCAGGGAAAGAAGCCAAUCAAGGGCCGUCAGCCGUCAAGUUCCAACGGCGACGCACAUGAAUCACCCAACACCACCCACCAGGGACAGUUCUCUUUGAACCAACAGGUUGAGGUUCCCGUGGACCGCAACAUGCAUGGAGACCUUGUCGCGCGUGCUGCCCGGGCUGCCCAAAUCGCCCUUCAAGGUCAUGGUCUUCGACGCUCUCAGCAGCAGUCACAAUCUCAACAACAGCAACAACAGACGCAAUCACAGGCAAGCCCGUCGCCCAGACCACAACAGCCUCCUCAAUCUCAACCUCCACCACAACAACCCACUCAGCAACCGCAGCAACCCCCGCAGCCUCAGCAGCCUCAGCAGCCCCAGCAGUCUCAGCAGUCUCAGCAGCAACCUCCACCGGCCCAGCAUGAAAGUCCAUAUCUGCACGGCUACACUGCUGCGCAGCAGUCGCAACCUACCCACCAAUACCACCACAGCCCCACUCCGCCCGGGGGCUACCAGUCUCAGCAAGCAUCUCCCAUGAACUUCCAACAAAGUCCCCUUCAAACCAACUUCCAACAGUACAAUCCCAAUGCGGCACAAGCUAUGCAGGCGAGAGCAAACGGAAUGUCCUCCAACCAUGGAUAUAUGCCAGGGAUUCCCCACUAUUCUCAGUCGCAGCCUACACAGGUCCUGUACGAGCGUGCGCGCAUGGCCGCUUCUGCCAAAUCUUCCCCCACCAGCCGCAAAUCUGGCCUUCCCAGUCAACGUCGCCCGUGGACUACCGAAGAAGAAAAUGCGCUCAUGGCCGGCCUAGACCGUGUCAAAGGACCUCACUGGAGCCAAAUUCUUGCGAUGUUUGGACCUGGAGGAACGAUCAGCGAAGCGCUCAAAGAUCGCAACCAGGUUCAACUCAAGGACAAAGCACGCAAUCUGAAACUCUUUUUCUUGAAGAGUGGAAUUGAGGUUCCAUACUACCUGAAGUUCGUCACCGGUGAAUUGAAGACUCGUGCGCCCGCCCAGGCAGCAAAGCGCGAAGCCCGGGAGCGACAGAAGAAGCAGGGUGAAGAGGACAAGGCUCAUGUGGAGGGCAUCAAGGGCAUGAUGGCUCUUGCUGGUGCUCAUGGGGCUCCUGUUUCUGGCCAUGAAAUGUCCGCCUCGCCAAGCCUGCCUCCGGAUGCCAACAGCCAGUCUGUGUUUGACCAGACUGCGGAACAGAACUUGAUGCAGACUCUUAGCCAGGAGGUGCAUGGAAGCCAGUAUCCUCAGCAGCAUACUCAGCAUACUCAGCAGCCUCAGGACCAUAUCGAUCCUCACAUGCAGAUGGGGCAGUGA